AACUUGAAAUCAUUACAGUCAAACAGAAAGCCCCAGAAACAACUACUCAACCUUCUAUUUCUUAUUCAUGAGAGUUAGUUCUCGACUGGCUCAUCCAUUUCACAAUUUAAGUAGCCGUGCACCUAACAAAGAGUUCUUGGCUCAUUAUCAAGCUUAAAGCUUCCAAUGGCGACUUCGCUAAGAUGCUCAUCAUACAAGAAAUUUGAGAUCAGAAAGAGAAUUCCGGACCCCAAGACCUGUGUUCUUCUAGUAAUUGAUGUGCAGAACUACUUUUCAUCCAUGGUCAAGCCGAUCCUCCCUAACCUUCUCUCCACCAUCGAUCUCUGUAGGCGCUCCUCCAUCCCUGUCAUCUUCACCCGCCACUGCCAUAAAUCUCCUGAUGACUACGGCAUGCUUGGAGAGUGGUGGAAUAAUGACCUCAUUAUAGAUGGAACCGUUGAUUCGCAGCUCAUGCCGGAAAUUCAAAGGUUGGCUGGAAAGGAUGAGGUAUUGGAGAAAAAUACGUACAGCGCGUUUUGCAAUUCGCGGCUACAAGAGCGGUUGUUGGGUAUGGGAGUGAAGGAGGUCAUAGUGAGCGGAGUUAUGACUAAUUUGUGCUGUGAAACGACGGCGCGAGAGGCGUUUGUGAGAGGGUUCCGAGUGUUCUUUUCAACGGAUGCAACUGCUACAUCGGAUUUGGAAUUGCAUGAGGCGACUUUGAAGAAUAUGGCUUAUGGAUUUGCUUACUUGGUUGAUUGCCAGAGGCUUAAAGAUGGGCUAGGUGGAAAUUAAUGGUUUCGUUUGUAAAAUUUUUGAGUUUCUUAAUUAACUAAUGGUUGCAAUGUACUAAUGACGAAUAAUAAUGGCUAGACUGUACAGUUACCUUCCAAAUGACGCAUUCCAAAAGCGCCGUAUCUUAAUUAUCUCCAUAAACAAAUAAGAUGAAGGAUUAUAA